CCGGCAACGGCCACCCGUAAGCUGCGCGACAGCGUUGUAUCGGGCCACGACCUCGAGGAGAAGCUCGAGAAGAAGCGCCGUCUUGAAGCCUACGCGAACAAGGACAUCGCUAAGCUGGAGGCCUACUUUGGCACCAAGAUGGAGAUGACGUUGAAGGACUUGCCUACCCAGGGUGUGUUCACGCCUGCGCCGUGGCCUGCUCCGUACUGGCCGACCUACCAGGACAGCAUCAACGUUGUCUGGAGCCAGGGACAACCCAGUCCCGCUGAGAAGUACGCCAAGGCUUUCGGUCUGGACGUGAAGGAAUUCAUGGACAAGGUGUCCAAGGACAACGGAGUUGACUCGGGGAGCAAGCGCACCAAGUGCUCGUCGGACAACGACUGCGCCUCUCGCACUGAUGGCAGCAAGUGUGCUAUCCGUGAGGGUAAGAGCUCCGGUUACUGCAUCCCCACGUGGUUCGGAAUUUGCCACGCUUGGGCCCCGGCUGCGAUCAUUGAGGAAGAGCCGAAGUGCCCGGUGACGCACAACGGUGUGACCUUCCAGCCUCUGGACAUCAAGGGAUUGAUCUCCGAUGUCUACGAUGGCGCCAAGGUCUCGACUGUGUUCACCGGUGCUCGCUACAACGGCGGUGACGACGGCACGGACGAGUACGGCCGCCACACCAACGAUGCCUACCGUGACUUGAAUCCUGCCUACUUCCACAUUGCCGCUGCCAACCUUCUCGGCAAGCUCAAGCAUUCAUUUGUCGCUGAUGUGACGGCCGGCGCUGAGGUGUGGAACCAGCCCGUGCGAGGGUUCAAGGUGUACGAGCAGACCGCUAUGUCGCUCGAGGAAGCUGCUCAGACCUUCUACGGCCUUGAGGAGUACCCGUGGAACGCCGCCGCCAAGAGCAUCGUGUACGUGAAGUCGCGUCUCUCGUGGAUCUUCGAGACGUACACGGACGGCGGCCUUGUGUCCUCGGGUGAGGUUGAUCGCUACACGACCGGCAAGUACUACUACUACUUGCUCGAGCUAGACGACGCUGGCGAGAUCAUCGGCGCCUGCUGCUGA